AUGUCGGCACGCGUCGCGUUUUCGUUUUUCAUUUUCAUUUUAUUCGCUCCGAUUGAGUCAAAUAAAACGGACAGAAGAAUCGAAGAGUUGAAACAGCUGUCGGCCAGGAAUGGCGCCAUUUUGUUGGACUAUUUCACUUUCAAAAAUUACGUCACCAAGAGCAAAAACUACACAGUCAUCAUGCUGUUGGUCGCUGUCAGACCCGAACGGAGAUGUUUCACUUGUGGGAAAGUUCUGGAGGAUUUUCUGGUACUGACAAACUCCUGGAAGAUGUCACCAGAUUUUAACACUGAUUUAUUUUUUGCCUAUGCAGAUUAUGAUUCAAAAGGGGAAAGAAUAUUUGAAUAUUUGAAAGCAAACUCAGUACCGGAUAUGCUGGUAUAUAGUAAGGAAAGGCUGACACCAAUAAAAGUUUCUCUGAGAAGCGAUACAAACCCCGAAAGACUUGCGAAACUUUUGAGAUCCUACGUGCCUUAUCACAUAAGAAUCUACAGGCCUUGGAACUAUCUAAACGUGGCUAUAAUGGUGGCUUUUUCUCUGAUAAUUUCAAAACUUCUGAUCAAAUACAGGAGUACACUUUACGAUUUCGUCUCAUUCGCAUCACCUUCGAUGUGUGCCUGUUUUGUCAUGCUGAUGUUAUCUGGCCACAUGUGGAAUCAUAUGAAUGCUCGAUCCUUUGUACAUGGAGAGGGCAGUGAUAUGAAAUUUAUCCAUCCGGGAAGAAGAGAGCAAGUUGUAGCUGAAACACCGAUCGUGUUUCUUAUCUGUUAG